AUGACUUCGAAAUCCAGUAACGUAGCACAGCCCAACGCCAAGGAAGAUGUUGUCAUCGCCAUUAUCUGCGUCGACGAAAAUAUCACACAACAGAUAUCUCAAACAGCUAGUUCAUUGCCAGUUGCGAUUUUUGACAUCAAACAGGAAACACACUCGGUCAAAGCACCACGGCAGUCCAUCCGUUACGUCCAGGACAAAUGGCCAAAGCGCUCUCCCACCGGAGAUCUUCAGCAGUUGUUCCAGUGA